AUGUUUUUCUUUAUCGCUGUAGGACAUGCUAUCGCUCUCUUCACGGAUAGAAUCAGUCGCAGGAAGCUGCUACUCUUCUACGUGGUUGCUGAGAUCAUAAUUACCAGUACGAUCCAAUUCGGUACCUACUUUGAAGUUAUUUUUAUUCUGCGUCUGUUGCGUAUGCUAACCAUACCGCUAAGUUAUGUGGCUACUUGUAUUAUACAGGAGCUAUUACCCACACGAAAACGGGGCCUCUUCGGCACUCUUUACUGGAUGCCCUACGUACUUGGGUAUGUAGGAUCGGCAGGAUUAGCCUACCUCACCAGGGACUGGUACUGGUUUCGAAUUUAUGCUUUACCUCUCAUGAUCUCCUAUCUCCCAGUUUUCUUCAUAAUGCCAGAAUCACUCCGGUGGUUAUCAGCUAAUGGAGAAUACAAACACUUUCGCAGUGUUCUAAGGAGAAUUGCACGCUGGAACCGAGUGAAACUGACAAAAUAUUUUAUAGAGGAAGCGGUCACAUCAAUUAUCGGCUCCGAAACUCACAACAGAUUCCCUUGUGAUCAAACGAACGUAGCAAAUUCCGGCGAUAAAACCGAAUCUAACUCUGCACAUGAGUCAGAAACGAACUCCUUUUCAGUCACAGAUGAGAUAAAAGACAUUUUUCGUUUGCCAAACAUGCGCAAAAAGGCUCUCAUUUUGUGCAUCUACAUGUCGACUACGUAUCUUUCUUUCUACGGUUUAGCCACGAGCCAAAACUUUGCAAGCACGAAUAUUUUCUUAAAUGUACUUUGUAUGGGCCUAGGUGAGCUGCCCGCGCCGUUUAUCGGUUGGGCAGUGGCUCAUUUCUUUUGUCGGCGACUGUCGGUGGCCAUUCUCUCUGGGGUCACAGCCACGUGUGUUGUAAUUGGCCCAGCGGUGAGGCCGCUGUCGGAUGUUGCUUGCAUUGUGAUUGUCUUUCUUGGGAAGGUGGCAGCUUCCUCUACGGUUGGCUUGACGAUACUAAUCGUGACAGAAAUAAUGCCUACAACAAUACGUAACAUGGGCCUCUUCUUGACUCUGUCAUUCGGCUGUACUGUAUCUUGCCUCGCUCCCUUUAUCAACUCCCUGGAUGCCACCCAUUACUGCAUCCCUGGAGUCAUUUAUGCAAUUGUUAUUCUUUUGGGCGCGCUGCUGACACUCAUUUUUAUACCGGAAACAAAACGGUGUCCACUUGCUCAGCGUCUGUAUCAAUCAGAGAAACUGGUUCGCGGAAAGGAGGAGGAAUGGAUUACAUUUAUGCAAAAAGAAUAA